CGUAUCUGCUGUCGUCGUUUAGCAUUUGCGGCGGAUAUUUGUCGGGAGAGACGUUUUGAGCUAUUUGAAACACUUUUCGGAAUUAUGGAAUUGAUAUACCGACGCCGAUAAUACUAUAAGUCAGUGAGCUAUCAGGUACUAUUACCCGAAGAGUUGCAUUGUCACAGGCCGCUCGACCUGAAAUCCUUACAGCCAUAGAAUAGCUCGAGUAGAAGUGAAUCGUGAACAGAUAUAUAUCAAGUUAUGAGGAAUAAAAUACCAAUUCGGAAGAUGAUUGUUGAUUACAUGGAUUUAGGCUUAUAGUUCAAAAUCCUAAUAACUAUGAACAAAUGUCCUAUAAUUUAACAAGCUGGUAGGUGCCUAAGAUAUCCACUGAUAGUUGAGUGCAACCGGUUAUCUUCCAUUGAAACUUACGGAUCAAUAGCGGCAGCGUGAUCUAGCGUGCGGGUUGCCAAAACUGCUGUUCAUUUUGAACGCUGCACGUUUCUUAGAGAUCUUUCGUCAGUGGUAUACCGUAGCUAACAAUUGAAAUAUUGUUCACUAAAAUCCCCGAAGCUUCUCCAGUUUAUGGAGUAUCGAGACGGAAAACGACUUGUUCGAAAGAGUAUUUUCUUCUGUGGGAGGUAGCUUUCUUGGAAUUUCAUUUUUGACUGGGCUGUCGAGAAAACCGAUAUAAAUUAAGAGAAAAUUGGAAAAUUCAUAACGAUCGGAGCGUUUUUUUCGUUGUUGCCAUGAAAACGAAAAUUUAAUCCGAACUUUCGACGAAACGCAUAUUACUAAGAUGACAGGAUGACCCACUCAUGGCAUACAGAUCAGUCCAGUCGUUAAGGCGCUACAGCUUCGACAGACGGAAGGACUGAGAAUAGGCGUCUCAUAGAGCGUAGAUCCUAUAAUUUGUUUUAAAUGUGACAAGCUUCAAAUGUCUUUAGUUAACGAUCUUCUCCACUCACGUUAGCAAAUUGCAUCUGUCAUUGCUCAGUUGAAACCUAGAGAAAUUAAUACUGAUUUCGAGUCCUAAUAAAAGUUUACUGUGAAUCUAUUUACUUUCGUGCUUUACAAUGAAGUUUUACUACCAUCCUCAAAGUCCGGCAUGCCAACCCGUGUGGAUGGUGUUAAAGGAACUGGGAAUUGAAUAUGAGGCAAUUGAGUUGAACUUGUGGUCAGGUAAUGUGGAUAAAGACGAACUGUUCAGUGUUAAUCCGUAUGGGAAAGUACCAGCUCUGAAAGAUGGCAAUAUUUGUUUGGGAGAAAGUCGGGCGGUCUCCAUUUACCUCUGCUCCAAAUACGAGGCUGCCGACAAAGACAAACCACUUUAUCCCAAAGAUGUUGACUCAAUUGCAAGAAUCAAUAUGGAACUAUUUGCAGACUUAGAUAGCAUCGUUGCUGUUCAGAAAUAUUUGAACAUAGGAGCUGUUUUUUCGGGAAAAGCUAAAGGGCCAUGUAAUGAACAUUUUCCAGAGGUGAAGAAACAUAUAGAUCAUAUGGAAAAGGUUCUUUCGAACCAGAGCUAUCUUGCAGGAAAUCAUUUAACGAUUUUAGAUUUUUGCAAACUGAAUCUUCUUGGUAUGUUGGAUAUGGCUGGAUACACUGAAUGGGUUGAAUACCCCAAAAUUGUCGAAUGGAGGGAUCGAAUGUCGAAGCUUUCAUAUUAUGAGGAGUGCCAUGCCGCUGGUUUCAAAGCAAAUAGACAGAUAUACACUGCGGGAAAUGCAAAAUAUGACGAGUUGGAAAAAAAAUAGAGACACUAAGAAUUGACUGUGGAUUUUAACGACGAAUGCCCCUGACAAUUGUUUAUUAAUUGCUUUUCAGUUGCAAGAAUAUUUCUGCGUUCUGAGUGGUUAAUCAUGGCAGAAGCUUGAAUACAUGAGACUCGGCGCGGAUAUAUUCUUUACAUAUUUCGAUUCCAUAGCUUUUGUAUUAGUGUGUAGAAAUAAAAUUCAGUCCAGUUUCCUUUUUUGUUCGUUGUCCUUUGCUGCCGAUUUAACCAUGAAUGUAUUUUCCAAAACAAUAUACAAACUAUUUCUA